UGCAGAAAGUCUCCUGUCUGUAUAGAUUCGGUCCUUAUCUGUAUGAGUCUGCAUUUUGUCGUUCGGACAGUCGAACCGAUUAAUCGAGGCCUGUUUAUUUUUCAAAUUAACUGCAUACGGAACAAUGGCGUGUGUAUGGAGGCUAAAACUCACUCUAAUUGCUUCUAUUUUUAUCCUGUGUGCCCUGGAGAAGAUUUCAGGGCAAAUUAGUUACCCUAUUCAGGAGGAAAUGGAAGAGGCAUCAUUUGUUGGGAAUAUCGCUGAAGAUAUGGGAUUGAAUGCACAGCAAUUAGCAACUCGUAAAUUCCGAUUGAGCGCUGAUGACGGAGGGCGGUAUAUAAAGGUCAGUUUGGAUGAUGGGAUUUUGUCUAUUUGUGACAGAAUCGACCGGGAACGUCUUUGUGGGCAAACAGAUAGGUGUACGAUGCCCUUUGAAAUAAUACUGGAAAAUCCGUCGGAGGUGAUUCACGGGGAGCUGGUGAUUCUUGAUGCGAAUGACAAUUCACCCACUUUCCGGGAGAGGAGUAUUCCGUUGCAGAUAUCCGAAGCCAUUCCUACUGGAGCACGCUUCCGUCUCGAGAGGGCUGAUGACCCCGAUGUUGGAAUAAAUACUGUCGUUGACUAUGCAAUCAGUUCAAUGAUGUUUUGAGGACACUGACCUGGAGUUACACGCAGACUUCGGUUCCUUGCGGGAGUGGGACCCGUUCUCGGGGUUUCGCGACUGGCCAUUUUUCGGCACGCCAAGGGUUCCAACUUGUAUUUGGAAGACUAAGAUCUCGGGGCUCUGGAGCAGGGCGAAUCGAGGGUUUGUGUCACGGCAGCAGACGCAUGUGUCGUUAGGGGAGUCGAAUAAUCUACUGCUGUGGGUCCGAAGACCCGAGAUCUUUGCGAUGUUCAGGAAAAGGUCGAAUCACAGAGCUCGAAAAAAGCGACGUAACGGAGUUUUAACAUCAUAAACCAGCGCGUUGUUGUUCUGUCUCCCCGCUGGAUGGGAAAUUGGAGACACCUCCCUCUUUUUUCUUAGGGAGAGAGAGGCCCUGUGGUAUGUCGAAUGCUGAAUGAAAGGCGAAGUCUUUGUGGUAACUGCGGGUCUGAGUCUUUCCUAUUGCCUUGCUCAUGCUUGAGUGCUUGAGUGGCGGUGCUGAUGCUUGCUUUUCUGCCGGUGGGAGGGGGAGAGGGGAUGUAUGCUCGCUGCCGCUUUCGCACGGGAGGGCGGAGCUGGGGAGAAUUUGUAGUUCUCGCUUUUAACUGUCUGUCGUACAUUCUUUGGGCCACCUCCGUGUUUUCGUGGAUGUUUGCGAAGAAAAAACAUUUUAGGAUGUAUAUUUUAUAAUUUUUUUUUCUGAUGUUAAAUUGGACUUUUGAACCUUUGAACCUUUAUAAGGUAUUGAUCAUAUCGCACUUACACUAUGCACAUCGCACAGGAGAACUGUGAGCAGAUUUGCUUCUCUUUUGUUCAAAGGCUUCAGAACUGCAAUUUGCAAAGAACAGACAGAAUUAUGUCGUGCUCCAUAGAUAUUUUCUCUUUAAAUCAUCACUAUAGUAGUCAAAAAAAUCCUGUGUUACCAAAAUGGCCGUUUAGAAGUAUCUAUCGUAGCAGACUUCAUUUGGAUUAUCUCUACUGGUAGUAUUUAUGUACAGUUUAUCAAUAAAUUGAAUCUUUGGA